CGCCGCCGGGAGCUGUCGGUGUGCGAAAGCGCUGCCCGCUCUUCUACCCCCGGCUGCGAGCCGGCCCGGGCAGGCUCGGGGUUAGCCUCUUCGUUUGUUCCAGUGCGUGGAGGCUCUCACAGAAGGCGUUUAAAUGGCUUGUGGGGGCCUCUUGGCCUGAAGGCGCCGUCGGCACCCUGCUGCUGCACUUGCUUUCCUGCAAAAUAUGUCGAGACCGGGGGAUGAGGCAGGGACAGACCCUCUGAUUGCUGGCCCAGCAGAAGGGAGUAAAUAAGAAGAUCAUCUUACAAGGACAGGUUCUAAGGAAAAGCUGCAAGUCAUUUAAUGACCAAAUAAGGUCUCCAUUCUCAUGAUUUAUCUGAUAUGCUUCUCCUGGAGCCAUGGAUGAAUACAACCGCUUUGUGGAUUGGGACAAAAUGGAUGUUACUGUCCAGAGCCAGGAUGCGAAGGAGCUAACCUGCACAGAGUUCCAGGAGCUCAAGCAGCUGGCCCGGCAGGGCUACUGGGCCAAGAACCACUCUCUGAGAGCCAAAGUGUACCACAAACUAAUUAGCAACAUCCCAUGCCGCACGGUGACCCCAGAUGCAAAUGUGUACCGGGACAUUGUUGUGAAGAUUGUUGGAAGACGUAACAGUAGCUGCCUUCCACUACCGGAGUUUGUGGAUAACAGCUUGGUCCCCACAUACUGCUUGAAUGCAGAAGGCAUCGCGGCAGUCAGGAAGAUUAUAUUGUGCAUUGCAAAUCAGUUCCCAGACAUAUCGUUUUGCCCAGCACUUCCUUCUGUGAUAGCUUUGCUCCUCCAUUACAGCAAAGAUGAGGCAGAGUGCUUUGAACAGGUUUGUCGCAUCCUCGCUUGCAAUGACCCAUCCAAGCGGCUCAUUGAUCAGACGUUCUUAGCUUUUGAGUCCUCCUGCAUGACCUUUGGUGACCUGGUUAACAAGUACUGUCAGGCAGCACAUAAGCUGAUGGUGGCAGUGUCUGAGGAUGUGUUGGAAGUAUACUCCGACUGGCAACGGUGGCUCUUCGGAGAACUGCCUAUGGUGUACAUUGCUCGGGUCUUUGAUGUGUUUCUGGUGGAGGGCUACAAAGUUCUCUAUCGUGUUGCACUGGCUCUUCUGAAAUUUUUUCACAAAGUCAGAGCUGGGCAGCCCAUGGAGUCUGACAGCAUACAGCAGGACAUUCGAGCUUUUGUGAGAGACAUUGCCAAGUCAGUGUCUCCAGAGAGGCUUUUGGAAAAAGCCUUUGCUAUCCGCCUCUUCUCGCGGAAGGAGAUCCAGCUUCUGCAGAUGGCCAACGAGAAGGCUUUGCAGCAGAAGGGCAUCACAGUCAAGCAGAAAAGUGUUGCAUCUCCCAAAAGGCAGAAUGUCCACUUAGCAGUUCAUGCUGAGAACUUCAAGUCUGAAAUUGUCAGUGUGAAAGAGAUGCGAGAUAUCUGGUCGUGGAUCCCAGAGCGAUUUGCACUUUGCCAGCCCCUGUUGCUCUUCACCACCUUGGAACAUGGCUGUAGUCUGAGCAGGUUCUAUUCUCACAGCGAGGGACACGAACCAACUCUUCUCCUCAUCAAGACCACAGCAAAAGAGGUCUGUGGUGCUUAUCUGUCAACUGACUGGAGCGAGCGCAGACGAGGAGGAAACAAGCUGAGUUUCUUUGGAACUGGGGAGUGCUUUGUAUUUAGGCUGCAGCCAGAAGUGGAACGCUACGAGUGGGUGAUCAUAAAACACCCAGAGCUGGCCACAACUGGUUCAGAGCCAGAAAAUCAUGCCUUGCUGGCUUCCAGCACCCUGGCUUCCAGCAGUGUCCCAUCAGACCCCUCAGAUCGCCUUUCUCCCUUCUUAUCGGCUCGGCACUUCAACUUGCCUUCCAAAACAGCCUCCAUGUUCAUGGCUGGCAGCAGCGAAUGCAUCAUUAUAGGUGGUGGUGAUGGCCAGGCUCUUUACCUCGAUGCAGAUCUGAACCAUGGAAGAACCAGCCACUGCAAUACUUUCAAUAAUCAGCCAUUGUGCUCUGAAAGCUUCCAGAUCUCUGUCUUGGAGGUGUGGGGCUUCAGAGACACCAUGAAUGGUUGACAUGACUAUCAUUAAUCAACUAAUUUUUCAGUUGUCCUAGGAUCCCCAAGGCAAACUCUAAUGCAGAAGCCAAGUUAGAACAUAAUUUCUACUGGGCUCGGUGUUGUUUAGUAAUUACUAAGUGGUGCACUUGAAUGCAGGGCUUAGUUGUUUACUUUUAUUUUAAGACAGCUCAAGAUGAAGUAAUGUAUAUGAUUAACUCCAUAGCUCUUUACCUCUAGAGAUCUGGAUUCAGGUCCUGUUAUCAGGUAAAAAUGAAAAUGUCAUGAUUUCAAACCAUCAUAAAUGGAUACAAGUCCAUAUCACAGGAUAGGUUUGCAGUUUGAUGCAAUUCCUCAGAGACAGAGCUGGCUGAGGUGUAGUGGUAGUUGCGUGCCACUGGCACCAGUAUCUGGCUUCAGCCAGUAAUAUUAAAUGUCUGCUUGCAGGGAACAUUGACCUCAGAUUUGACGUAGAACAGUAGUUCAUAAAAUCGUUGUCCUACUAUAAGCAGACAUUGUGCAGACAAAUCAGUACCAUUUCAUAGGUUAUGAAAGCCCUCAGUUUGCACAAGAACCAUGGUUGUUAAUUAUCCUUCUCCUUGUACCUGAACCCUUGACACAUUCCAGUUGCGUCUGUUUGCGGAGUCUGCCUCUGAGAAAGGCAUCCAGACUGGACAACGGUGUCUCAGAGGCCUGAUUUUGUUUACAUUCCUAUUCCAUAUCAGUAUAAUGACUUAAAACGAACUCAUGUUUCAGGCAGCUGAAAGCCAGAGCAUAUAUGCAGUGCUCAGAAACUUCCUUUUCUUCAUCUUUCCUGGAAGCUGAAAUGGAGCUUUAAAUCUGAGAAUAACUGUGCUGAUAUCACUACAUGUUUGGGGAAUUAGACAUUGCGAUACAGAAGGUUAAUGCUCUCCCCACAAAUAAAUGAAGGGAGGUGGGAGGGAAAUCUUCUGGGUAAUAUUCUGGGAGUGGACAAGUUUCCCAGGAGAAUUCUAGGUGACACUGUUCCUCCAUAUCACGAGUCUUCCCAGUGAUGAGAUCCUGAAAAAGGUAACACUUUUUUGCCAACAGUGUUCAGGUAGGGUUUGGAUGACACACAGAGGCUUUUGCUCAUUCCUGGGAAUUCUUACAGUUCUCUGCAAACUUCUGGCACGUGAUGUCUGGAAGCAGUUGCCCAGUGUCUUUACCUAAAACUUGCAGGAGCUGCUGUAGAACUUCUCCCACAUGAAGAAAAAGUACAUAAACAUCGAUGGAUAGUCCGGAGCAUAUGACAGGUUGCUCUCAAAGCUUCAGUGGAUGAUCUGCUAGUAAGAAGAUUUAUCACAACAAGUAAAAUGAAGGGAAAGAGGAAUUGCUGGUUUUUUCAGCUAUCUAAAAAAUUGCUUUAGAGUGAGGAAAUGUUAUUACUACAUAAACUUGAAGUUCGUUAGAAGAUAAAAAUGAAAUUUUAUAGUGAUAGACUCUCAGCUGGGUUGGACAGGGUCAUGUUAAUAUUCAGAGGUCACGGGUGAGUAUUGUUGGUAAUGUUGGCUUGUUUAGCUUGCCAUAAUGAAAAUACCAUGUGUCUCGGUAAAGUGUUGCCUCUUGCAAAGUACAUGAACAAACUUGGCAAAAAUGUCAUUUGCUUCUUAAGGUGCCAUUUGGAAUUUUUGUCAAAAUAACUCUUUGAAAUAUUAGACUGCAUAUACCACAGCUUAAGACAUCUUUUACACGACUUAUAUUUGCUAUUAGAUUAUUUCACCCUGUUUGAGAGUCAGCACUGGGCCUGUCUGUCUCUUCCCACUCAGUGAGUUCCAUCCAGCUAUCUUUUCAUAGGUUUACCAUAAGCUUGAUGGAACUGGAAGGGGAGAUAUAAUUCACUUACGUAUUUUGACAGGGAAGAACUCAAACAUUAAUAUCUGGCUUUUUACAAAUACUGGCUGAUGCUGCCUUCUAUUUUUUUUUCAAAGCUAGCUAUAUUACUUUGCACUUGCUAGUAUCCCACAGGCUUUCUCAAACAAAAGAAAUCACUCAGAAAGUGUAUCCUGUUUAGUAGGUUCUCUUAAGUGUAGGUGGGAUUUCAGUUUUGUCCAUACCUUCACUCUUUUGAGCUUGUCUGAGGUGCCAGGUGGGGUGGGACACAAACAAAAAAACCCACAUUUUCAGCUUGUUAAAUUGUCAGAAAUUCCCUUGAGCUGUGUUUUGGCCGGAUUUGUGGGGCUUUAUUACACUCAAAAUUAAUAGGUUUUGCAGAUAAAACCUUUCUUGCAGCUGGCAGUGGUGAUGCGAUUUUCUCACUCCCCAUCCCUGCCGGAUGCAGCUGUGUCAGCGAAACCUGAGUACUAUACCAUGUCUUAAGCCGUAUCUAAGAAACGCUAUUCCUUUCCCUGGUCUGUUCUUAGUGCACCGGGAUUUGGGUGUUUGAAAUCAGAAAUAACUCAUAGUUGCUCAGAAAUUCAUCAUAAUAUAUUAGCGUGAGAAUCCAAGGAGCAGUACUGAAAAUCAGUGAGGUUUAGGUAUCUGAGUCUCUUUCAAAAGUCAGUUACAGGUCUCAGCCCAGCUUCCCUUUUGCCAGUUGAGUACAACUCCUGACAAACCACCCCCCAGGCAGUGAAGGUCCACAAAAGACCUCUUUUUGGUAGCUUAUCUAGAUGGUCAACUAGCCUUUUGCAUGGGACUAGAGGUAAGUUAUGCUGGGUGUCUGGCAGUGUCUCACAGCUGCUCUGUGUCUCUCCAUCUGGAACUGGUGUGGGUGUGUUUGGAGCGCACACGAUGCCCAGAGCAAUUUGAGUGAUGACCUGUAUGAGUUCGCAAAUCACAGCAGGGGAUAAAAGAGUUAACAGGUGAUCCUCCUGCUGCUGGCUGUUCCUAUUCAUCAAUCUUGCUGCACAUCGAAGGGAUGGUUUUAGUUUAAUAUGCUGCAGGCAUCCUGCAGGACUAGUAUGUGUGUUUUAAAUUUGGAUAGCCUGAAUGAGCAAGAGGCUGCAAUAAUCUAGCAAGAGGAAUUGUACAGUGCUGUGUCAUCUUCACACAAUCCUUUUGUUCACUAAAGAUGAAUGUUCCUUUUCUCGUGCAAAUCCUCGUGUGUAAUUCUCCUUAUGGUUGUGAGACACCAUAAAGGAGUGGCAUUGUGACUUUGUUUCCUUUCCAGUAGCCAAGAGGCAUAUUUUUUUGUGUGUCGUUAAUGGUUGUCGCUGGCCAAGUGUAUAUCAAUGUUCAGGUAAUUAAGCCAACAGUUUGUGUUGCAUGCAAAAUUCCUGAGGUGGAGACCACAGACUGUUUUUUAAGACAGUGACUACAAUGGGCGCCUUAUCAGAAAGUUAACAGUAUCUGACGUACCCCAGCUUCGAAGUGCUUUGGUCAGGUAACUGAACAACUGUUGAUGACAUUUGUAGUCUUUGUUUGUAGUCCCGCUGGCAGCAGUGACAGCAAGUUACUUGUUGUAAGUACAUCAGUGUUACUUGAUUAGCUGUUCCAUUUGGAGCUGGAGAGCUGAAGGCCGGGUGUCAGCUACCACAGUUGUUCAAGAGCGUUACUUGCUUUCCGGAGAAGCCUUUUUUGCUUUGUAAUAUUCUCUUGAAGGCAGGAAAAAUCUAGAAACUCCUGAUAUCAGAAACUUGAAUUUAUUGUAAAUGGCAUCUGAGCUGUUUCCAGGCCACAGGAACUGUUUUGAGCUAUUAGCCAGGCUGGACAGACUUUCACUGACUGAAAAGCUGUCAUUCCUACAGAUCAUGCACUUUGACACACUGCCUUUUCUGAUGAAGCACAUUAAUCAGCCUUUUAUUAAUAGAGGCCAGUUAACAAAGGGAAGGGGAAAAACUCCCAUUUUCUGUGUUGAGAUAACUGAAGACAAAUUGGAGGGGUGGGCGGUACUGUUCUUUAAGGAGUUAAACUUCAUGCCGGUAGAGAUUUGUGUUUAGCCACAGAGGGUUGACACAUCGAUCAACUUCUGUUUGUGUGUGCGCAUUGAAAUUGUGUACUUUGUCCUUGGAAAUCCAUCCUCGUUUUGAUGGGGAGUGAGCUCUUCUGCCCACUGACCACACAGUCACAAUAGCAACACGGAUGCCGCAGCCAGCGGGGACCAAGAGCUCGCCUGCAGCCAUGGCACUGGAAGAUCUCAGCUCCUGCUACUGACACCUGGAGUACGGUUGUUGGACAGAUCAGAGGCUUGGGCACCCGCCUGUUAACAUUGAGAUGCCUUUCUGCCAGCUCUCUGUCAUGGAUUUCAGACUAUUCAUAGUUGAGAUGAGUGUGCAUAUUAUUUGGGGUGAUGAUUUUCUUCAGAUGAGUGGUGGUGUGCUGCUGAAUUGGUUUUCUACCCUAUCAUUGGAAUAGCUGCCCUACAUUGAUGGUAUUUUUGUCACUGUGCAGAAUCUUGGAUUGUAUUAAAGGUGUUCGACUGUGGAGGCAA